AUGGUUCGAAUAUUAAAGAAGCCCAAAAACGCUAAGCGCAAGAAUAAGGAAGUGGAAGGAUUGUCGGAUUCAGUAGCAUCAAAAGUAUGGGAGGCAGGAAUAGACAAAUUGGAGGAAGGUGAAGAGCUUCAGUGUGACCCAUCUGCUUACAAUGCCCUUCAUGCCUUCCAUAUUGGAUGGCCAUGCAUGAGUUUUGAUGUGCUGCGGGACUCUCUUGGCAUGGUGCGAACUGAGUUUUCACAUACUGCAUACUGUGUAGCAGGAACACAAGCAGACAAAAGGGCUUCCAACUCUAUUGGAAUUUUUAAGUUAUCUAAUAUAUCUGGAAAAAGGCGGGACUUGGUGCCAACAAAGACUGGUGAUGAUGAUAAUAUGGACAGUGAAAGUAGUGACAGUGAUGAUGAUAAUAAUGAAGAAAAGGAAGUAGAAGCUGUUCUACAGCUACGCAAGGUGUUUCAUGAAGGAUGUGUUAAUCGUAUACGUGCUAUGACGCAAAACCCCCAUAUAGUUGCUUCUUGGAGUGAUACUGGUCAUCUUCAAAAUACAGAGAGUGAUCGUAGCCAAGGGGCUUCUGCAGUCUCUAAUCACUCACCUUUAUUUAAGUUUGGCGGACACAAAGAUGAAGGCUAUGCUAUAGAUUGGAGUCCUCAUGUACCAGGGAGGCUUGUUUCAGGUAUUUUGUUGCUUUUACUAGGGGACUGCAAGAAUAGUAUCCAUUUAUGGGAGCCAACUUCUGAUACAACAUGGAAUGUUGAAGAUCCCUUUAUUGGACACAGCGCAAGUGUUGAAGAUCUUCAGUGGAGCCCUGUAGAUCCUUGUGUGUUUGCCUCUUGCUCAGUUGAUGGAAGUAUUAAGAUAUGGGACACCCGAAAGAAAAGAUCUCCUACAGCAACUAUAAAGGCAUAUAAGACAGAUGUUAAUGUUAUAUCAUGGAACAGGGGAGCGAGCUGUAUGCUUGCAUCUGGGAGUGAUGACGGGGCUUUUUCUAUUCAAGAUCUUAGAGUCGUCAAGUGUGGAGAGAGUGUCGUGGCAUACUUUGAAUAUCACAAACAUCCGAUCACUUCUAUUGAAUGGAGUCCUCACCAUGAAGCUGCCUCAACCAUUGCUGUUUCAUCAUCUGACAAUCAACUGACUAUCUGGGACCUUUCUUUGGAGAGAGAUGAGGAAGAGGAGGCUGAGUUCAAAGUCAAAAUGAAAGAGCAAGUCAAUGUCCCAACAGAUUUGCCCCCACAACUUCUCUUUGUCCAUCAGGGUCAGAAAGAUUUGAAAGAACUUCAUUGGCAUCCUCAGAUCCCUGGAAUGGUUAUAUCCACAGCAGCAGAUGGAUUUAACAUACUAAUGCUAUCAAACAUUGAAAAUGUGCUUCCUGCUUGAUACUUGGUUGAUAAGAAAGUUAUGCAUG